AUGAGCCACCCGCAUCAGCAGCAGCAUCAGCAUCAAGGUGGUUGGAUGCCACCUUCUGUGGAUCCCUAUCAGUCGCAUCAUCCACAACAGCCGCAACAGCCUCAAUAUGGUGGAAGUGGAAACAACAAUUACAUUUGGGCGACAGCUCCCAACACGAACGCUCCUGUCUUUGUGCCUCCUCCGCCGCCGCCACCACAAGUACAUGUACAACCGCAAGUACAGCUACAGCAGCAUCAGACUCAGAUGCAGCUGCAGCCAUCUUACUCCGAGUACCAGCAGUUUCCAGGACAUGAGCAGUUUUCAGGACAUGAUCAGUCAUUCCAUCAACCACCCCCUCCGCCACCACCGCCUCCGCCCAAGGCUCCCUCGAGAAAUCGAUGGGGACCUCCCGUUGCAGCAUCAGUGCCCGUAGCUCCAUCAAUAGUUCUUCCUCCUCUUCCAUCAGACGUGGCUCCCCCACCGCCUCCUCCUCCUCCUCCGGAAGAACCUCAGCAUGCACAUCAGUAUGAAGUGAAGAAACGAAAGAAACAACCUUCCACCCCACAUAACAAUAAAAAGAAAAAGGCCAACAAAAAGCAAAGGAGCAAAAAGAAGACGACCUUGGAUUACUCCUACUAUCAACGUCAACCCUCUCCUCCUCAUCCAGCCACACCACCACCUCGAAACGAUACCAACACUGAUGACAUGUCCAUUUCCUCUGACGACGACAAACAAGAACCUUUCAAAUCACUAGUCAAAACCGACGAAAUGGAAGAAUUGUAUCCGGAUAGCAUCAUCAAGACCAUUACUACUGCUACAAGUACUCAGCGAUAUCCCGUUCGCUCCAAUUAUGAUUCCAUGGAGUCUGAUCUGGAAGCCGAGGACGAGACAGCAGAAGCGUCGUCCAAAGAGGAACAAUUGAACCGUAUCAAGGAACGACUUCGACUCGCUCAACUAAAACAGAAACAGGCACUUCUACGCCAACAAAAGCAACAAAAUAAAGAUCAACCAACUACAGAUCCAACCCAAACAGAACCCAACGACGAUCUAAAAGCCGCCAAGGAACGACUCGCGGAAGCACAGAAAAAGCGCAGCCGGCUCUUGAAGCAAAAACAGCAGCAGCAGCAACAAGAAACUCCACAAGAUGACAAUAAGGAUAAACUGGUGGCGGCCAAGGAACGAUUGCGACUAGCACAAGCCAAGCGAGAAGAAGCACUCAUCCGACAGCAGGAGCAACAACAAGAAGAAGAGGCUGUAGAAGCACAAGUACAAGAACCCCCGAUACCAAACUCAACCGAGGAAACAACGGAAUCGAAUAGUACUACUGCCCCCAAGAAGUUGUCUCUUCUCCAAAAGCUCAAACAACGACAUGCAGCCCUGACUCUCCAACAACAGCAAUCACGGACGGCAUCCAGUGAUGAUGCAGAAGAGUUGUUUGCGACACAACUGACACCCCUAACCGCAUUGCAAGAAGGACAACUCGACUCAUUGCUAUUUACCAACAUUGGAGAAACCGGGACACAUGAAACGGUACGAUUCCCGACAGCGUUCAUUCCAACGCCGGACGACGACGAGGAAAGUGAUAUGGAAGAUUGUAGUGGCAGCAAUAAUGACGACGAUGACGACAAGACUCUUGAUCCACGAGAACAAUCCAAUCCGGAGCUAGCAGAAGAACUUGAACAGAGCACGGAUCAGUUUGCCGAUACAGAAGCCGUCAUCAUCGCGACAACAACGCCAAAACAAAAAGCCACGGAUGCCAAUAAUAUGGAUCAAUUUGCCGAUGCCGACAGUGACAAGGACGACGAAGAACUACCUCCAUCUGCGGCGAGUAAACGUGCCGUGACAAUGGGUCAAUUCGACGACCCAGAUGACGAUGAUCCGAGCAGUUUUGGAACCACGCCAGUAAUAGAAACAGUUGUGGAAGGAGAGACCACCACCAAUGCAGAUGGGGACAUUGCCACGAACCAAAGCACAAAAGCACCGAUGGACGAGUCAAACGACGUCGACAUGGACGCAGAAGAAGAAGCCAUUCGAAAACGAGUCUUUCCACCCAAUGGUGACUCCCACAAUUAUUUGAAGAGCAUUGAGGUGUUGAAGCGACGAAUGGAGUUGAAACGCAAAAAGAUUGAGUUGAAAGAACGGCUAAAAGUGCAGCGCCUAGAGCUUGCCAAGGAACAUCACCAAACGGGUCUCCGAGCUAGAAUCUCGUGGAGUCGUUCCGAAGAAGACGACGAAGACAGCACCAUGCUCGAAAACAAUAACAACGACGACGACACCUUGUUUGAAGUCCCAAAGUCCAUUUCAAGACUUAGCAAGGAAGAACUCCAGGAACGCCGCAUCAAAGCACAGCAAAUGAUGGAUAUCACACAGACAAAGCACUUGGUUUCCAAGCAGAGCUACCUGUUGUCCGAACAGACCAAAAAGGUUGCGACCGAUGAGGAAGAAAUCCAGGAAUGCAAAGAAUUGGUGCGGCGGAAGAAACGUGAGUUGAAACAGGAAAAGGAUCGAAUGCAAACCUUGCAGAUUCGUAGGACCGUGGUGGAUGGAUUGCUUCACGAAAAGGCGCAGAUGUUGAUGGCCAAAAGACGACAACUAUACAAGCUUCAGGGACCUCGAAGAGACAGUUUCACGGUAGCUUUUACACAUCGGAGUGACGAGGGAGAAGAUGGGGAUAGUUCUGAUUCGGCAAAGAACGUCGCAGGCGCUGUGGGGACAACAACAACAAAUAUGGGACAUGGGGUCGACUCCAUGAACGACAACUAG